AUGGCUACGCCUUCCCAAAGCCAUUCAUCUGAUAGAAGAGAGGAAGAUAAUUCUGAAUGGCGCCAAGCCAUCGAAAGAAGGCAGUUAGCAAGUGAGCGACAACUACAAACUCUCAUCCAGGAGACGACAAGGUUAAGAGAAGAAAAUGCAAUAUUACGUAUCCAGGCAUCGUCGACAGGAAUUCCCCGUCGUCAGCACUCCAGGGGCCAAGUGGCCAACUCAAGGCCUCACCUGGAGUCGAUUUACCCUGGAACAGCGGGAGCAAUCCCUGAAACACGCAGCGCUAGGCCGCAUGAGCCACACACACCUAUGCCUCGAGCUCCCCGUGAAGAAAGCUCAGACUCCACCCACUUCUCGUCAAAAAGACGACGUGACAGAAGAUCCCAGUUGUCGGGCGCCAUGCGCGCGAGACUGGGUCCCCAGCAAACUGACAGGCCCAAGCCACCGAUGAUCACCACAGGAGGAGUGCACCAUGACCCUACGACCACCCCCAUACCACAGAACGUUCUCUCGCACCGUGACCCCUUGGUCACCCCCAUGAUGCAGAACGUUCCACCGCACCAAGCGGUACGAACCAUUGGGAAAAAUCUCCUGAGCGAGCCACCCAUGGGCUCUAUUAGCAAAAGGCUGGAUGACAUGCUCUCCACGCCUUUCUGCUCUCAUAUCAUUCAUUACGAGCCCCCAAGGGGGUUUCUCAUGCCAAAGUUCUCCACGUACAAUGGGUGCAGUGACCCCUUCGACCAUAUCAUGCAUUAUCAGCAGCUCAUGACCCUCGAUAUAGUCAACGACCCGCUGCUGUGCAAAGUAUUCCCUGCCAGUCUACAAGGACAAGCUCUUUCAUGGUUCCAUCGCCUACCUCCUAACUCGGUGGAUAAUUUCAGAGACCUUUCAGAAGCUUUCGUGGGACAAUACCUAUGUUCCGCUCGGCAUAAGCAAAACAUCAGCACCUUACAAAAUAUAAAAAUGAAGGAUAAUGAAUCCUUGAGGGAAUUCGUGAAACGAUUUGGCCAAGCUGUCCUACAAGUGGAAGCUUGCAGCAUGGACGCUGUCCUACAAAUCUUCAAGCGAUGCAUCUGUCCAGGCACUCCAUUUUUUGAGUCACUAGCUAAAAAGCCUCCUGUGACGAUGGACGACUUGUUUCGACGUGCAAACAAAUACUCAAUGCUUGAAGAUGACGUACGAGCAGCCACCCAGCAAGUAUUGGUUGCCGGACAGUCGUCCAAGGGUAGUACAGAGGGAAGCACUAAACCUCUGGACAGGCCAAGGCCAUCCGAUCGAAGGCAAGAAGGGCCAAGCCGCCCGGAAAUGCCACCCCUCACACCACUCUUUAUAACUUAUGAGAAGCUUCUCCCUAUGAUCCAGAGCAUGUCCGAUUUCAGGUGGCCCAGACCCCUCGGAUCGGAUCCAUCCAGGAGAGAUCAUAGCAAAAAAUGCGCUUACCAUAAGGAGCAUGGCCAUACAACGGAGACGUGCAGAAGCCUCCAAUAUUUGGUGGAAAGACUUAUAAAGGCGGGACAUUUAAGGCAAUACCUCCGCUCAGAUGCUAGAAACGGAGACGUCUCCCGGGGCUGCGACUCUGGAGCCCCCGUGGCUCUAGCCGCCCCCAAAGCCGUCAUAAACUACAUUAAUGGAGGCCCAUCGGAUGAAGAGCUCAAUUCCAAGCGGAAAAGGCAGAAGUUGUUACGCGAAGCAAUGGUGCGUGAGCGUAUCAACUCCAUCCGGCCUGGGAUAACCGAAGGGAGCCCUAACCCCAUAGACGGGACAAUCACUUUUCCUCCAGUAGACCCCACACGGAUAUUACGUCCGCACCGUGAUGCCCUCAUUCUAUCCUUGGGGAUAGACAAAUUUGACGUAAGACGCAUCCUAAUUGACCCAGGCAGCUCAGCCGAUCUGGUGCAAGCAUCAGUCAUAAGCCACAUGGGACACAACUUAGUCGGUCUCGAAAACCCUGGAAGGGUUUUAUCCGGAUUCAACGGGGCAUCAACUAUCUCGUUGGGAGACAUUGUGCUGCCAGUCCAAUCUGGCCCAGUCACUCUCAACGUUCAAUUUUCGGUAGUACAAGAUCUAUCACCCUUCAAUGUUAUCUUGGGACGCACAUGGUUACACUGCAUGAAAGCCAUUCCCUCCACAUAUCAUCAGAUGGUAAGCUUUCUCACUGAAGAUGGGCAAAUCAACCUAUAUGGCAGCCAGCUAGCCGCUCGCCAAUGCUACCAGAUAGCAAAAGAAGCAGGAACCGGUCGGGAGAAUGAACCCCUCCCCGAGUCCACCAAUGCACUCGACCAAUAG